UUUCCCAUAAACCACAUGCCCCCACAAGUCCUCUUAAAAGGCUGUGCCGAGGAGCUGGCCAGUGGAGACCGGCUGGUGGAAAGUGAAAGUUGCCUGGGUGCUCACGGCGCCGCCGCCCGCUUUCCGCACCCCCGGGACUGCAGCGCGGCCCUCGGCCGGGGCGCGGGCUCUGCGGCGGCCAACGAGCGAGCGAGCGAGGGCGGCCGACGCGCCCGGCCGGGACCCAGCUGCCCGUAUGACCGCGCGGGGCGCCGCCGGGCGCUGCCCUCCCACGACAUGGCUGAGCCGCCUGCUGCUGCUGGUCUGUCUCCUGGUGAGCAGGAGUAUUACCGAGGAGGUGUCAGAGCGCUGUAGCCACAUGAUUGGGAACGGACACCUGCAGUUCCUGCAGCAGCUGAUUGACAGUCAGAUGGAGACUUCGUGCCAAAUUGCCUUUGAGUUUGUAGACCAGGAGCAGUUGAAAGAUCCCGUGUGCUACCUUAAGAAGGCCUUUCUCCUAGUGCAAGACAUAAUGGAGGACACCAUGCGCUUCAAAGACAAUACUCCCAAUGCCAAUGUCAUCGUGACGCUCCAGGAACUCUCUCUGAGGCUAAGCAGCUGCUUCACCAGGGACUAUGAAGAGCAGGACAAGGCCUGUGUACGAACUUUCCAUGAGACACCCCUCCAGUUGCUGGAAAAGAUCAAGAAUGUCUUUAAUGAAACAAAGAAUCUCCUUAAAAAGGACUGGAACGUUUUCAGCAAGAACUGCAACAAGAGCUUUGAGAAAUGCUCCAGCCAAGAUGUGGUGACCAAGCCUGAUUGCAACUGCCUGUACCCCAAAGCCACCCCUACCAGUGACCUGGCCUCUGUCUCCCCUCAGCAGCCCCUUGCCCCCUCCACGGCCCCCAUGGCUGGCUUGACCCGGGCUGACUCUGAGGGGACAGAGGGCGGCUCCCUCUUGCCCAGUGAGCUGCCCCUCCGCACAGUGGACCUGGACCCGGGCACUGCCAAGCAGCGACCACCCAGGAGCACCUGCCAGAGCUUUGACUCUCCAGAGCCCCCGGGUGUAGAGGCCAGUCCUAUCGGAGACUCAUCUCAGCCCCAGUCCUCUGCCGGGGCCCCCACCCCUGGGAUGGAGCACAUUCUUGACUCUGUGUUAGGCACUAACUGGACCCUAGAAGAGGCCUCCGGAGAGGCUAGUGAGGGUCCCGUACCCCAAGGGGCAGAGCUUUCCUCCUCCAGGCCGGGAGGAGGCAGCAUCCAGGCCAAGAUGACCGCCAGGCCCAGUGACCUCUUGUCAGCAUCUUUUCCAUUGUCCUACUCAGCCAGGAGCCAGCAGCCAGAGGACAUGACUAGCAUACCCCUGCCCACGGUGGGCCCUGCGAGACCCACUGGCCAGGCCCAGAGUCAUACACCUGAGAAGACAGACCGUCCAUCUGCCAAGCCCAGAGACCACCAGGAGCCAGGCUCUGCCAGGACCCCGUCGCGGCCCCCACGAAGCCUCAGCAGUCUCAGGACCCCGUCACGGCCUCCACGAAGCCCCGGCAGUCCCUCGGCCCUCUCUGCACAGCCAGGUCUUCCCGGAAGCCACUCCUGGGGCCAUGUGCUGCCCCUCAGGGAGUUGGAGGGCAGAAGGAGCACCAGGGAUCGGAGGAGCCCCACAGAGCUGGAAGGACAAGCAAGUGAGGGGCACAGGCCCUCGGCCCGCUUUAAUUCCGUUCCUUUGACUGACACAGGCCAUGACAGGCAGCAGGAGGGACCCUCAGACCCUCAGCUCCCCGGGUUUGUCUUCCGCCUGCUGGUGCCCAGCAUCAUCCUGGUCCUGCUGGCCGUCGGCGGCCUCCUGUUCUACAGGCAGAGACGGCGGAGCCAUCGAGAGCCUCAGACAGUGGAUUCUCCCAUGGAGCGACCAGAGGGCAGCCCCCUGACCCAGGAUGAGGACAGACAGGUGGAGCUUCCAGUAUAGAGGGGUUUCUAAGCUGGGCGCACAGGACAGUCUCUCCAUGGGACGAGACAUCACGGGGGCGUCCACCACCACCCCUCCCCAGCCAUUCUCCUCGCAAUGUGGCCUGCCCACCACGAGAGCUCCUGACCAGAGCAGCGAGGCUGGAGUCCCUCUGCCCUCGACCCUCAGACUCUGGACUGACCAGGAGAGGGCUGGAGGUUGCCCUCCACGCUGCUGAUAUUUAUCGUGGGCCCUGGCGGCUCCCAUCCACUGGAGGAAGGCUGGGAAGCUCGGCUGAGGACCCUCUGCGCCUCAGGGGCUGUGUUCUCCUCCUACUCCCCUCCAAGCCACACCUGGGCCAGGGACCCAGAUGCCUGUAGGACGUGGGAGAGCAGGGUGGGCACCGAGGAAUGAAAGAGCCCUUUGCCCAGAGGACCGCCUGGUGCCUAGGGAUGAUGCCAGCACCGACAAGCAGGGACUUGUCUCCAGCGAGAGAAGCAUGAGAUUGGCAGGGCGGGACAGCGUCAGCUGGAUUUCCCGUAAAGGUGUGCGGCCCAAAAGACGGGAAGAGAAGGCCUCUGGGCCUGUUGGUCUGCACUGACAGCCUGGAGCGUGUCUGCACCCUCCGCUUGCCCAAGUGCCCUCUGCUGGUUGCCAGACAGAGAGGAGAGGUCAGCCCUGCCCUCGGGACCUGUCUGGCUUGGCUCCAAUGCCAAGGGGAAGACCAGGCUCUGGGAUCUGCCCCACUUUCCCUCCAGCCCUGCCAGAGCUUCUCCGGGAGGCUGCGCAGAGGCUCCCCUCACGAAGGAAGCCAUUGCACUGUGAAUACUGAACCUGCCUGCUGAACAGCCUGCCCCGUCCAUCCCUGUGAGCGAACAUCUGUCCGGCCUCCUGCCCCUCCAGCCUCUCGCCAGCUUCCUGCACUGAGUGCCCGAGCCGGCCUUGCCUGUCGACUGAGGGAGCCCCUAAGCCCUGACCUUCUGCUGACCCAGGCUUCGACUCCCCAGGGUGGAUGGGGUGGGAGAACUGCCUGGGCUGCCAGCCAGAGCUGGUCUUUAGGCUGCGUUGUUCGCCCAGGUUUCUGCAUCUUGCACUUUGACAUUCCCAGGAGGGAAGUGACUGUGGGAGGGCGGGCAGGGAGGGCAGAGGCAGACCCAGGAGGAGGCUGCGGGGUGAACUCUGACUGAAAAUGGGUCUUUGCAAUUAUGGGUAUACCGCUGAGGUGGGGGGAGGCAUCUGCACCCUGACCCUCCGGCCCAAGUCUCCUUCCCUGCACCAGGCCCCGCCCCCCUCAUAGCAGCAGGGCAGUGCUGGCAGGCACCCCGGUUGUCCCCGUGGAAGCCCUGAGGCUGGCCUUGCUCUCCAGCAUCUCAGCGCGGCACCCAGCUCCCAUUCUCAUCCCCCCUCUCUUCCCCCACCUGGGUAGGCAGUGAUACCCCCAGCUCUCACCCCUACACUGUCUCUCUGGCCGGGCCAGCCGGGGUGGGAGAGGGACCGGGUAUCUGCUUCCAAUUCUGUCCUGAGGGCUUCAGCUUCCUGGGCCAGCCUGUGGCCACUGUUCUGAGAACUGGCAGCAGGUGACAGGGCUGCUGAUUGCCCUUGGUCUCUUUGUGCUGCUGCAAUCCCUCCUCUCUGCUGCCCUGGGCCCUCCGCCGAGAGAUCCCACCCUUCCUGGCCCCUGGGCCGAGGCCCAUGACUUUUCUUCCUGCCCUCGAAAGUUGGGGUCUGCUGGCCCCCACCGCCCCUGCCCUGCCGCUCUCAGGCGAAGAAAGAGCAGCGGGGAACUUGCCCUGUGGGGGCUCCUUCUAGUCACAGACUCUGUUUUUGAUGCUAGAGUAUAUGUAUUUAAAAGUGAAAGGGAAAAAAAAAAAACCCACAGAAAAAAGGCAUUCCUCCCCCACCCCAAACAUAUAGUAUUUUAAAAGUCAAGAAAGCAAAUCCAACUCCUUGCAGAAGCUCUUUGUGGGCGCUUGGUGACACAGGUGCGGGAGGGGCCCCGGACCUCUGGGCUGCUCCCCCGGCUACCUGCACAGGAAUCCCUUCUUUGAGAAAGCCGAGAGGGAACAUUGGCUCACACACUGUGAGAUUUUGUUUUUAUACUUGGAAGUGGUGAAUUAUUUUAUAUAAAGUCAUUUAAAUAUCUAUUUAAAAAAUAGGAAGCUGCUUAUAUAUUUAAUAAUAAAAGAAGUGCACAGGCUGCCACGUGUGAGUCAUGGGAAAAGUGCUUUUGGGGCGUGGGUGGCAAAAACGGGGGUAGGCAGGCAGGAGCUGCUGGGCCAGCCCCAGCUCAGAAAGCUUUUUCCAGGGUACACGGGGAAGGAGGGUUCUCCCCAGGUCCCAGUCCCGUUACCAAAACCCCCUGCGUUAUUGCUGUCCCAAACACACGCAUCGGCAUGUCUGUUUAAUGGGAAAGUGGACAGAAACUAGCCAAGCCUCAGGCCUGGCCAGCGGCCCCCGCUCCAGCCCAGCCUCGCCCAGCCUGGGAAAAUGGCUGGUUGGGCUCUGUCCAAGGUCCCCAGACCUGCAAGGACCAGGCUUCUUGACCACUGACCCCUGCUGUCCGGCGAGGGGACGGGGGGCUCUGUCCUAGCGGGGGUCAGGUGGUUGAACGCAGCCUCGACUGGGAGGUGGGUGAGGCCGGCAUGGGGAGAGCCGGCAGGCUGUGCGAAGGGUCUUAGGGCCUGCCCCUCUUACUGGGCAGUGUGGCCUUAACUGGGGGAGCGGUGUUGGGGAAAGUCAGGGUGACUGAAGGCACAGCCCACUCCCCUGAACUAGCCCUGUGAAACAAGGACCUCCCCACCUGUGAGAGAGAGGUGGACAAAGCUUCCAACCAAUGGUCCUCAACCCUGGCUCACCUGAGAAACACUGGAGUUGUUUUCAAAGAACAGCUGAUGCCCAACACCCCCCCCCCCCCGCCCCCAGAUCAACAAAAUCAGAAUCACAGGAUAAAGGCUCGGGCACCGGGCAUCAGAAAUUCUGCAAGGCAUCUUAAAUGAUUCAAAUGUGAUCCAGAGUGAGAAGCGCAUAGAGGUGCGUUGUCUGACACGGGGACUAAGUUGAAAUGACUUACCACGAAAUAAAAGGAAACAUCCAGUUCUUCAGUCACGCUGGCCACAUUUCAAAGGCUCGCUAGCCACACACGUGGCUACCCUGUUGGAUAGCACAGAAACAGAACAUUUGCACCAUUGCAGAAAUCUUAUUGGACGGUGCUGACUAAAAGGUUGGGUCCCUGCACUUAGGGGACUGAGGUUGUAAGGUCAGGACCGGCCCCAAAGAAACUUGGCCAGGGACUAAGUUCCCAGGUGUCUCUGUCAUCCCUCUUUACACCCUUAGCCCCCGCUACCACCCUAUCCCUCAUCAUUUCUCGUAAGCAUUUCCAAUCAUUUAUGAAAAGCCCCUCAGAAAAGAUUCUUGAAGAAACUUAUUCAUAUUUUUUCCUUAAAAGUCCCCUCCUCUGAGAUGCUUUCCCAGCCUGACCCAGGCCUCUGAGGCCCACCCAGGCUUAGUUCCUUCCUCCUCUGUGUUCCAACAGACUGAGAGCCUGUUAAUGGGUCUGUCUGUCCCACCAGGCCGUGAACUGUAGCAGGAGCCGUGCCACAGCCCUCUCUCAUCCCAACGCCCAAGAGUAUCUGGCGCUCAGUAGGUGUUCGAUAAGCGCGUGUCAAAAGGUUAAUACUGAAUGUGUGAAUGAAGGCAUAAUAAUGCGAA